AUGGAGUCUGACUGCGAAGAUUUGCCAUUUGUUAUGGUGGGAGAUGAUGCUUUUGCUCUUUCAGAGUACGCGAAGAAACCAUACGCAGGAUGGCAAGAGAAAGGCAGCCAGGGAGGUGAUGUGAGAAUAGCCGUAUUACCUCUUCUACUUGUCACUCGUUUCUGCCCUUGUGUAACUCUGGGCACCGGUGUAAAAUUUUUCGGACUGAAAGCAGAGAAGCUAGACCAUGUGGAGUUGUCGAUGGGCGCAUUUGCAGCAUCAGGCAUCGAAGCACACCGAGAUCCACGUUCCAGUUCACUGGGGCCGCUGGUGGAGAAUUCUAGAUCCGACUACACUGACUUUGCAUGGGGCGAUUCAGCAGCAGACGGCGCGGGCGUGAGGACGGGUCGCAUCGUGGGAGGCGGGGCGGCAGCGCGCGGCCAGUUCCCGUUCGCCGCCUACGUCAACGUGGCCGGCACGACGGCGUGCGGCGCCGCGCUCAUCACCGACGGCUGGCUGCUCACCGCCGGCCAGUGCAUCUACUCGUACAUGGAGUGGACCAUAUACCUGGGAGUAAUUGACCUGGUAACGACGGACGACUACUCAGUGGUCAUCGUGACCAACUCAGGGUUGGAGCACCCCGGCUAUGAUGCCACCACGUUGAGGCACAACAUCGGACUCCUGAGUGUGCCCGGAAGAGUCUUCUUCAACCAAUACGUGACGCCUGCCGCGCUGCCGCGGUACUCAGACGUGGACAGCACUUUUGAAGGCGUCGACGUCCUGGUCACCGCCUGGGGGGCCCAGGCAACAGGCGGUGCGGCGGCACAGACCAUGUGGUACGCUUACUUCCAGCCGGUAGCCAUCUGCAGCCCCGCCUGGUCCUACUGCGGCAUUGGGCGCUACAACGAAGCCAUCUGCACAGGUGACUUCGGGAGUCCGAUGCAGCGCGCCGAGUCCACUGGGAACUACACGCUGGUGGGCGUCGCCAGCUUCAUACAGGGCACCACCACCUGCGAGGGCGCCACCUCUGGCUUCACCAUGGUGGCCGCCUACCUCGACUGGAUCAACCGGCACACGCAGCUGGAAAUCCUCCCUUGA